AUGAAGGUUAUUGUACUCCUCGCUGUCGUAGCCCUGGUUUCAGCCCAGGAGAACUUGGAACAGGCGAUUGCUGAUCCAGCGAAGCUGCAAGGCUUAGUUGAUUGUUUCCUGGACAGAGCGCCGUGUAGUGACGGACCGGCAGGUUUUAAAGAAAUGACACCGAAAGCUUUGGAAACCAGCUGCGGAAACUGCAAUCCUGCCCAGAGACACUUAGCAAAUGUUUUCUUCGGCGCCCUGCAAAAGAAUUUGCCAAAUGAAUUUGAUAAUUUUGUGAACAAAUACGACCCAAGCCGACAACACAUUGAUUCUUUCCUACAAAGCAUUCAGGGCGCUUAA